AUGGCUGCCGCCCACCAGCUCUCCAUGCAGUCACGCACCGGCCGCACGAACCAGCGGUACGGCUCCCAAGGCGAAAGGCUCGUCGCCGGCAUUGUUCCGCUUUCUUCCGACAAGUACUACGUACUCCUCAUCCAGUCCACGCGACGCGGUGGCUGGGUCCUCCCCAAAGGCGGUUGGGAGACGGACGAGGCCACCGCCCAAGAUGCCGCCAAACGCGAAGCCUGGGAAGAGGCCGGCAUCAUCGUCAAAGUGAACUACGACCUCGGCCUCAUCGCCGAGCGGCGGAGACCCGACCAGCUCACCGCUCAAGCUCCCAAGGCCUCAUAUCAUUUCUUCGAAGCGACCGUUGAGAAGCAGGAGGCACAGUGGCCAGAGAUGCACAAGCGCUCACGACAGUGGUUUACCUACCAACAGGCCCGGCAGGCCUUGGCGAGCAGGCCGGAGCUGCUUGAUGCGCUCGAUCGAUGUACGAUGCACCGGUAG